UCAAGUUGCCGGCGGGCUGCCCGGAGGGCAGCAGCUGGUGCGAGUAGCUUGUCUGGAGACUUACCCCGGGAAGGAGGGAGGCCGCCGACCUACUGGGCCGACGGACUCCCACACAGUUCCUGAGCUAGUGCCAGGCAGGUGACACUGUCUUCCUGCAGCCCCCAGCAUGUGGGCAGGCCUGGGCCCUGCCGUCACACUGGCCCUGGUGUUGGCGGUGGCAUGGGCCACGGAGCUGAAGCCCACAGCACCACCCAUCUUCACGGGCCGGCCCUUUGUGGUAGCAUGGGACGUGCCCACACAAGACUGUGGCCCACGCCACAAGGUGCCACUGGACCCAAAGGACAUGAAGGCCUUUGAUGUGCAGGCCUCACCUAACGAGGGUUUUGUGAACCAGAACAUCACCAUCUUCUACCGUGACCGGCUGGGCAUGUAUCCACACUUCGAUUCAGUGACAAGGUCUGUGCAUGGUGGCGUGCCACAGAAUGGCAGCCUCUGGGUACACCUGGAGAUGCUAAAGGGACAUGUGGAACGCUACAUUCGUACACAGGAGCCUGCAGGGCUGGCAGUCAUCGACUGGGAGGACUGGCGGCCAGUGUGGGUACGCAACUGGCAGGACAAGGACGUGUACCGCCGAUUAUCACGCCAGUUGGUGGCCAGUCGCCACCCUGACUGGCCACCAGACCGCAUAGUGAAGCAGGCGCAGUAUGAGUUUGAGUUCGCUGCACGCCAGUUCAUGCUGGAGACACUGCGAUUUGUCAAGGCAUUUCGGCCUCGGCAUCUGUGGGGCUUCUACCUCUUCCCCGACUGUUACAACCAUGAUUAUGUGCAGAACUGGGAGACCUAUACAGGCCGCUGCCCUGAUGUUGAGGUCUCCCGAAAUGACCAGCUGGCCUGGCUGUGGGCCGAGAGCACGGCCCUCUUCCCCUCUGUCUACCUGGAAGAGACACUCGCUUCCUCCACUCAUGGCCGCAACUUUGUCAGCUUCCGUGUUCAGGAGGCCCUUCGCGUGGCUCACACCCACCAUGCCAACCACGCACUCCCGGUCUACGUCUUCACGAGACCCACCUAUAGCCGCGGACUCACAGGGCUUAGCGAGAUGGAUCUCAUCUCCACCAUUGGCGAGAGUGCAGCCCUGGGUGCAGCUGGUGUCAUCCUCUGGGGUGAUGCGGGGUACACCACCAGCAUGGUUUCCCUAGACCUGCCCUGUGCCAUGGCAGCCCACCUGCUUCCCAUCUGCACCCUCUUCCUGAACUUGCUCGGCAUGGCCAAAGGCUUGAGGGACCCCGUGGUACCCAACCGGCCCUUCGCCACCAUCUGGAAUGCAAACACCCAGUGGUGUCUAGAGAGGCAUGGCGUGGACGUGGACGUCAGUGUCUUUGAUGUGGCGGCCAACCCAGGGCAGACCUUCCGUGGCCCUGACAUGACCAUUUUCUACAGCUCCCAGCUGGGUACCUACCCUUACUACACAUCUGCUGGGGAGCCCGUAUUCGGUGGCCUGCCCCAGAAUGCCAGCCUGGCUGUCCACCUGGUCUGCACAUUCCAGGACAUCCUGGCUGCCAUGCCUGCAUCCAACUUCUCAGGGCUGGCAGUUAUUGACUGGGAGGCAUGGCGCCCACGCUGGGCCUUCAACUGGGACACCAAGGACAUUUACCGGCAGCGUUCACGGGCACUGGUACAGGGGCAGCACCCUGACUGGCCAGCUUCUUGGGUGGAGGCAGCAGCUCAGGACCAGUUCGAGGGGGCUGCCCGGGCCUGGAUGGCAGGCACCCUCAGGCUGGGACAAGCACUGCGGCCUCGUGGCCUCUGGGGCUUCUAUGGCUUCCCUGACUGCUAUAACUAUGACUUUAAAAAUCCCAACUACACCGGCCAGUGCCCACCAGGCAUCCGUGCCCAGAAUGACCAGCUGGGGUGGCUGUGGGGCCAGAGCCAUGCCCUCUAUCCCAGCAUCUACCUGCCCGCAGCACUGGAGGGCACGAAGAAGGCACAGAUGUUUGUGCAGCACCGUGUGGGUGAGGCAUUCCGUUUGGCCGUGGGUGCAGGGUACCCUGAUCUGCCAGUGCUGCCCUACGUCCAGAUCUUCUACGACAUGACUAACCGCUUUCUGCCCCUGGAGGAGCUGGAGCACAGCCUGGGGGAGAGUGCAGCCCAGGGGGCAGCAGGAGUGGUGCUCUGGGUGAGCUGGGAGAACACAAGAACCAAGGAAUCCUGCCAGGCCAUCAAGGAGUAUGUUGACACGACACUGGGGCCCUUCAUCCUGAAUGUGACCAGCGGGGCUCUUCUGUGCAGUCAAGUCCUGUGCUCUGGCCAUGGCCGUUGUGCCCGGCGCCCCAGUCACCCCGAGGCCCGCCUCAUCCUCAGCCCCACCAGUUUCUCCAUCGAGUCCACGCCUGGUGGUGGGCCCCUGACCCUCCGAGGUGCCCUCUCACUCAAGGAUCAGUUGCGGAUGGCUGUGGAGUUCAAAUGUCGCUGCUACCGUGGGUGGACGGGAACAUGGUGUGAGCAGUGGGGCAUGUGGUGAUUGGCACAUGCACACAUUGAGUACCUAAUGCAAUCUGGACCUGGCUACAGCUUUCUCAAGUACAGGCACAGUCACAUGAGCCAUGGUCACAGUCAGAAGUACACUCAGGCACUGUCAUGAGCAUAUGCCAGCACAUUCACACUUGCUUACAGACCAAGAUAGUUGCAUAAGGAGUUCGAGCCUUGGGCACCCACCCAGCGGAGUUAAAAAUAUUUCCUCCAGAGACAUUGAGCCAGUCUUUAAACUGCAGCAAUCACAAGAACUGACGUUCUGGACUUCCCUGGCGGUCCAGUGGUUAAGACUCCGUGCUUCUGCUGCAGGGGGUGGGGGUUCGAUCCCUGGUCAGGGAACUAAGAUCCCGCAUGCUGAAAGAAAGAAAGAGAGGGAGGGAGGAAGGAAGGAAGAAAGAAAGAAAGCUGACAUUCACUGGGUGCCUACUCUUUCCAAGUCAUGUGCUAGGCAUUUUAAGUAGUCUAACUUAAUUGUGCAAUCCUAACACGACGCUAUGAGGAAACUGAGGCACACACAGGGAGGGUAAGCACUUUACCCAAGGUUGCAGCCAGAAAAUAGAGCAGCUGAGAUUCAAACCCAGGUGAAUCUGGGUUUGAAUCUCUACCCUCUAUCUCUACCUCUAUAGCGAUGGAGCCCUUUGGCUCCUACUAUAUGUCGACGGUAAUCAGCCCUGCACUGCAACCUGAAUCCGUUCAGAGGUAACAGCCUCACAAAUAAAGCAGACAUGAUUCUAA